AUGGCGCAGCGGCGGCUCCCGGCUCCCAUUAUUAGCUGUGCUCUUCGGAGCGCGCUGCGAUCUCUCCCGGGGGAGCCGGUCAUGCUGAUGGUGCCUCUGGAUCUUUGUGAGCACUGCAGCCUUUCCGAGAACCUUCCCUCCAAACUUCAGAGUUGCCUGUCCUACUUCUUGGUGGGCCACCCAUCUGGGCGGAGCCCACUCCUGCCUCUUCCUACACAGCUGUUCUCAGGUGUGCGGGAGGCCCAGUCCCGUGCCCGUACACAGCACGGGGUGGAUAAGGAGAAGGAGAGGAGGCCUGGGAAUUCCAUCCCACAGGCGUUAGAAGGGCUCUUCGCGGCAAAAUGCAGCGGCUGCAUGGAGAAGAUCGCACCUACCGAAUUUGUGAUGCGGGCGCUUGAGUGCGUGUACCACCUUGGCUGCUUCUGCUGCUGUGUGUGCGAGAGGCAGCUGCGUAAGGGUGAUGAGUUUGUGCUCAAGGAGGGCCAGCUGCUGUGCAAGGGUGACUACGAGAAGGAGAAGGAUCUUCUCAGCUCCGUGAGCCCUGAUGAGUCUGACUCCGUGAAGAGUGAGGACGAAGAUGGAGACAUGAAGCCAGCAAAGGGGCAGGGCAGCCAGAGUAAGGGCAGUGGAGACGAUGGGAAGGACCCAAGAAGGCCCAAACGGCCCCGGACCAUCCUCACCACGCAGCAGCGAAGAGCCUUCAAGGCUUCUUUUGAGGUCUCCUCCAAGCCCUGUCGGAAGGUCCGAGAGACACUGGCGGCAGAAACAGGUCUCAGCGUGCGUGUGGUCCAGGUCUGGUUUCAGAACCAAAGAGCAAAGAUGAAGAAGCUGGCCCGGAGGCACCAGCAACAGCAGGAACAGCAGAACUCCCAGCGGCUGGGCCAAGAGGUCCUAUCAAGCCGCAUGGAGGGCAUGAUGGCCUCCUACACGCCACUGGCCCCUCCGCAGCAACAGAUCGUGGCCAUGGAGCAGAGCCCCUACGGAAGCAGCGACCCCUUCCAACAGGGCCUCACGCCGCCCCAAAUGCCAGGGAACGACUCCAUCUUCCACGAUAUCGAUAGCGAUACCUCCCUCACCAGCCUCAGCGACUGCUUCCUCGGCUCCUCUGACGUGGGCUCCCUGCAGGCCCGCGUGGGGAACCCCAUCGACCGGCUCUACUCCAUGCAGAGCUCCUACUUUGCCUCCUGAGAGGCAGCCGGGCCGCAUGGACGCUUGGGCCUGGGCCUAGGGUGGGGCCACAGGCCUCUGCAGCCAGCCGGCCCCCCAGCCCACCGCCCGCUCAGACUCUACAGCCAUACGGUGCCCUCCCCUCGGCCAGCCGGACCUGGCUCAAGUGCCCACUGGGCAUAGCCAGACAGGCAGAUGCGUGCAGCCUGGGCAGGGACUGUGUCCUGCCUACAGAGACCUUGUGACCCCUGGGGACCCAGAGCUCUUGGACAGACAGCCACUUGCCUCCCAGCCCCUGACUCCGUCACCUUCUUU